AUGGCGGAGUUCGAUUCCAGCUGUAUUGGCUCGGAUUACGCGGAGAUCAUAGUACUGCGUCACGGUGAAACGGCCUGGAACGCUGAUAGAAGAAUCCAGGGGCAACUGGAUGUUGAAUUAAAUGAUGCUGGGAGGCAGCAGGCAGCUCUAUUGGGUGAUAGGUUAUCCAAGGAGCCCAAGAUCUCCCUUGUAUAUUCUUCUGACUUAGCAAGAGCUUAUGAAACUGCGCAGAUAAUCGCAGCCAGGUGCGGCGGGCUAAAGGUUGUAACAGAUGUUGAUUUACGAGAAAGGCAUUUAGGGGAUCUUCAAGGCCUUGUAUUUCGUGACACUGCCAAACUUAAUCCUAAGGCUCACCAGGCCUUUGUAUCUCAUGAGACAUGCCAAGAGAUUCCAGGUGGUGGAGAAAGUCGCGAUCAACUUCAUCAACGUUGCACAUCUUCAUUGCAGAGAAUUGGCAAUAAGCACAAAGGAGAGCGAGUAGUUGUGGUCAGUCAUGGAGCGGUUAUUGAAACACUCGACAAACAGGCUUCACCGGAUGGCAGGUCUGUCAGAUAUGUACUCAAUGCAUCCGUCAACAUAUUUCACGUGUAUGAUGACGGCAAAUGGACCAUAAAAUCCUGGGGUGAUGUUAGUCACCUCAACCAUACAGGUUCUCUGCAAUCCGAUUUCGGCAGGGACGAACAAUCUGGUCAGCUCGUUCUUAGGAUGCUCUCCGCCACAAGUCCUCUGCCUCUCACUAAACCUCCUCAGGCGUCACAGAGCGCACAGCUUAACGUGGACGCAGUGCGGCCGAGUCAUCCAUGGCAACGUCAUCAGUGCCCGAGUCGGAGUCCGAUUCCAGGUCCGAUCUCACUCUCAUUCUACUUGCACCUAAAUCCUCCGUUUCGUUCCAAUCGCAUAGUUCCUCGAUUAGGCUGUGUUGGCUCGGAUUACGCAGAGAUCAUAGUACUGCGUCACGGUGAAACGGCCUGGAACGCUGAUGGAAGAAUCCAGGGGCAUCUGGAUGUUGAGUUAAAUGAUGCCGGGAGGCAGCAAGCAGCUGUAGUGGGUGAUAGGUUAUCCAAGGAGCCCAAGAUCUCCGUUGUAUAUUCUUCUGACUUAGCACGAGCUUAUGAAACUGCACAGAUAAUUGCAGCCAGGUGUGGGGGGAUAAAGGUUGUAACAGAUGUUGAUUUACGAGAAAGGCAUUUAGGGGAUCUUCAAGGCCUUGUAUUUCGUGACACUGCCAAACUUAAUCCUAAGGUUCACCAGGCCUUUGUAUCUCGUGAUUCAUGCCAAGAGAUUCCAGGUGGUGGAGAAAGUCGUGAUCAACUUCAUCAACGUUGCACAUCUUCAGUGCAGAGAAUUGGCAAUAAGCACAAAGGAGAGCGAGUAGUUCUGGUCAGUCAUGGAGGGUUUAUCAGAACACUCUACAAACAGGCUUCCCCGGAUGGCAGGUCUGUUGCAAAAGUACUCAAUACAUCCGUCAACAUAAUUCACGUGUAUGAUGACGGCAAAUGGACCAUAAAAUCCUGGGGUGAUGUUAGUCACCUCAACCCAACAGGUUAUCUGCAAUCAGGUUUCGGCGGGGACGAAAAAUCUGGUUAG